AUGGAUCCUCUACCAGGUUUGGACAUUGAUACUAAAGGGCAGGUUUGUAAGCUCACAAAAUCUUUAUACGACCUAAAACAGGCCAGCAGACAGUGGUUUGAGAAACUGUCCAGUUUCCUUGUAUCUGCAGAUUAUAUUCAGCCCAAAUCUGACCAUUCCUUAUUUGUUAAGAAAACUUCCACCAAUUUUACUGCUUUGCUUGUAUAUGUUGAUGACAUUGCAUUAGCAGGCAAUUCCAUGAUUGAGAUUACUCGUAUAAAGGCUCUCCUACAUCACCAAUUUCACAUAAAAGAUCUUGGAGAACUCAAAUAUUUUCUAGGUUUUGAAGUUGCUAGAUCUAAGAAAGGGAUACAUCUUUAUCAAAGGAAGUAUGCCCUGGAUAUUCUAGAAGAAACAAGAAUGUUGGGUAGCAAACCUAGUUCUACACCUUUUUUGAGCAACAACAAUUUCUUGUACAAAACAGAGAACUAUAUGGAUGAUCCUAGUGUCUACCACAGACUAAUAGGGAAGCUCUUCUAUCUCACUAAUGCUAGACCAGAUUUGUGCUUUACCAUUAAUCUCUUAAGUCAGUUUAUGCAAGAGCCCACUAACUUUCAUUAUCAGGCCUUGCAGCAUGUCCUCAUGUAUAUCAAGUCAAGUCCCUCUGAAGGACUUUUCUUCCCAGCUGAUUCAAGCAUUCAAAUAAAGGGUUUCAGUAACUCCGACUAG